CUAUUGCAAUUUUGACGGACAUAUGUACACACAUAUGUACGUAUAAAUUUACACAACAAUAUGGCAAAUAAAUUGUAAGAACAUAUAAUUUUGACUUAAAUAAGUAAACAACUAAAUGAAAAUGGACGUUUUAAAAUACAUUAACAAUAGAGAAAUAUUUAUAGAAGUUCUUCAUUUGGCUGUAGAUUACCUAAUUGCGAAUAUUGAUGAUAAACAAACUCUGCGUUCUUGUCACAAGUAUGGAUUUCAAAAUGCAAAUGACUUGCUUUUAGUCACACAAAAGAUGUCAAAUUAUUACAAGAAUUUCAAUUUAUUGAAAAGUGAAAACAUAACUACAUUUUCUUACCACACUCUAGAAAUGUCCAGGCUUAUGCCAAUUGUAGUGUCUGCACGUCAGCCUGAAUUGAAAAGACAUAUAAAUUAUUGGGAGUACUCAAAAAAUCACAACAUUGUUGAAUCUUUCGGAUGGGAUGCACGGCUUAUAUUAGGUGACGGAAGCUAUGCCCAAAAUGUUAAUCAAAUAACAACAUUGAGUUUGCGUUUCGUAAGGUUUCAAAAUGGAUUGGUUCUUGAAAUUAAUAAUGUCAAGUUAAAUGAUUUAAUUUAUUUACUAGAAAUAUCGUUAACUGAAAUUAAAAAUUAGGAAACAUAAAAUUGUAUUAAAUAUAAAAUAAAAAUU